CAAAGCUCCGCGCGGCCAGCGAUGAGGUCCUAAUCAUCAUCUUCCUCUCCCCACAUCUAUACAUCACUUUGCCUUCCCUUCCCUCUUAUUUUCUCUUCUUCUGUCAUACCCUAGAAUAAAGACUGCAGCUAUGGAGGUACUACUCGGCAUCACUGGCAAGGACUUCGUCAUCUUGGCGGCUUCCAAAGCUAUCAUGCGCGGUCCUACCAUCAUCAAAGCUGAAGACGAUAAGACAAGACAGUUGAACAAGCACAAUUUGAUGGCCUUCUCCGGAGAGGCCGGAGACACUGUCCAAUUCGCCGAAUACAUUCAAGCCAACAUCCAGCUAUACACCAUGCGCAACGACACCGAACUAGGUCCGAAUGCGGUUGCCAAUUUCGUCCGAGGCGAGCUCGCGCGGAGCUUGAGAUCCCGGAAUCCCUACACAGUCAACCUUCUGCUGGGCGGAAUGGAUCCAAUCACUCAGAAGCCCCAUUUGUACUGGAUCGACUACCUGGCCUCCGUGGCGUCGGUACCUUACGCAGCUCACGGCUAUGCCCAAUACUACUGCUUGUCCACCCUCGAUAAACACCACCAUCCCGAUAUCUCCCUCGAUGAAGGUCUGAAGCUAUUGGAAAUGUGCACGGACGAGCUGAAGCGCCGACUACCAAUCGACUACAAGGGGGUCCUUGUCAAGGUGAUAACCAAGGAUGGCGUGCGGGAGGUAGAAGUUGAUAAUAACAGGGUUGUCAAGAGUGCCUAA